AUGGGUAGAUGGAACUCCACCAGUAUGCCUGGCUUCAUCCUCAUGAGGCUGACGGACUCUGCAGAGACACAGCUGGUCCUCUCCUUGCUCCUCCUCCUGAUUUACCUGAUCACAGGGCUGGGGAACUUGGGGAUGAUAUUGAUCAUCCGCCUUGAUCCCCAGCUGCACACCCCCAUGUACUUUUUCCUCACUCACCUGUCAUUUCUCGACCUCAGCUACUCAACUGUCAUCACCCCUAAAACCUUACAGAACUUACUGACUUCCACCAAGAGCACCUCCUUCCUGGGCUGUUUCACUCAGUUGUACUUUUUUAUAGUCUUUGUGGCUGCUGAGUGUUUUCUUCUCUCCUGGAUGGCCUAUGAUCGCUAUGUAGCUAUCUGCCGACCUCUGCACUAUCCAGCCAUUAUGUCCACAAGACUAUGCUGUGCCCUGCUUGCUGUUUCCUAUGCUACUGGCUUUGUGGAUUCCACUGUUAAUGUGUUUUAUAUAAGCAGAUUGGACUUCUGUGACUCUAAUGUCAUCCAGCACUUCUUCUGCGACACUUCCCCCAUUUUAGCCCUGUCCUGCAGUGACACAUACAAGGUUGAAAUCAUUAUAUUCAUUUGUGCUGGAUCCAAUUUAGUGUUUUCCCUCAUCACUAUACCUGGGUCCUAUCUGUCCAUCCUCUCCACUAUCCUGAAAAUUGAUUCCACUGCUGGAAAGAAGAAAGCCUUCUCCACCUGUGCCUCCCACCUCCUGGGAGUCACCAUCUUCUACAGCACUAUGAUCUUUACUUACCUAAAACCGAAGACGUCCUACUCCUUGGGAAAGGAUCAGGUAGCUUCUGUGUUUUACACGAUUUUUAUCCCCAUGCUAAAUCCUCUCAUUUACAGUCUCAGAGACAAACAGGUCAAAAAGGCUGUUGUUAGAAUCAUGCAGAAGAAAGCAGGUUCUAGACAAUGA